AUGCCACCAUCUACGUCUCCACAACCGGUCCUAGACCCAUCCAUAAUUAAAGACCUAUCCAACCACAUCUAUGAAAAACGAAAAGCAACGGCUUUCCAAAUUGAGUCAAUCACUAAAUCAGCAUUGAGCCGUAAUGACAGUCAAACAAUAUAUCGAAUCAUUCACGAAUUGACAACGAUGACCAUGACCAGUGGAUCAAACUCAGCCAAGAUGGGAGCUAUUACCGCAUUAGGAAGUGUUUCUGUAGCUGUCGGUUCAUUUGCAAUUGCUUAUUUUCUUGAUGAUAUAAUCCGGCCUAUAUUUGCUACGUUUCGCGAUACUGAUGCUCGGGUACGGUACUAUGCAUGUGAAUCUUUGUACAAUGUUGCCAAGAUUGCUCGAGGUGAGAUUUUGCUAUACAUUAAUGAGAUAUUUGAUGUGUUGUGUAUAUUGGUGAGCGAUGCUGAGAGCAGUGUCAAAAAUGCUGCUGAUAUUUUGGAUAGAUUGGUGAAGGAUAUAAUUAGUGCUAAAGCUACAAGUUAUGUCAGCAUAUUGCAACAGCAACAACUGCAACUGCAACUGCAACUGCAGAAGAAGAAUACCCAGAACUUGCAAGGGCAACUAGCCCAUAAUGGGGAGUUGGCAUACGAAGAUUUGCUAAAAUCCCAAGGAAGUGAUGAAAUCGUGCAGCUGAAUAAUCCGCAAGAUCCAGCAAAGGCGUUUCUGUUGCCGAAAUUUAUGCCAACUUUAUUGGAAAGAAUGUAUACUGUUGACCCGUUCACCAAGAAAUUCCUACUCAGUUGGCUUGAGUUGUUUGACGAUAUACCCAAUUUAGAAUUGAUUAGUUUCUUGCCUAGUUUUUUGAAACCUUUGGUGAGGUUCAUUUUCAAUAAUGCACCAAGCGAUAUCAAGUUGGAAACGCAAAACUUGUUAAAUGUGUUCUUAAAGGAAAUCCAGGGGAUAUCGAGAGUGAAAAUUGAGUACAAGCAUAGAUUGAAGGAGCAGGAAGAAAUGGAAAGCAAGGAAAAGGAAGAGAGGGAAAAAGAGGAGAAGCAGGUGGUGCUGGAGAGCAAAGACAAGAAGGAAGAAGAUGCUGAUAAUGAAGUGAAGCAAAAAUUGAGUGACUUGAGCAAGUCAAAGUUUGACGACAAAAAGGGUAAGGGGGAUCUUGUCGAUAGUACGAAAGUUGAACUGAGUAAGUUGCAGAACCAGCAAAAUGGCAAUGGAGUGGGCAGAGAUGACGCUGCAAGUAUCAAGUCAUAUGAUACAACAAUAAUCCACAAGAAAGAAGAAGUCUCAUCUAUCCAAAACUCUACUGAGUUGAACAUAGAUAGACUUGGUUUGGAAGAGGAUGCGGAACUGGAUGAAGUAACGUUUGGUCAGGAUAUCUAUAUCGAUUACCUGAAAAUCAUUUCGAUUUUGGUUUCUUUUUUACAUGAAUUUGAAAAACAAGAAACAGUGGCCAAAAACGACUUGCUUAUCGAUUCACGAGAAACUUAUUGUGAUGUACAAUUUAUCGCUUUGAAAUGGCUACAGGCAUUGAUUGAUGUAUCACCACAAGAUGUGCUUAACGCUAUGCCUGAAUGUGUUUCAGUUAUAUUGAAAAAUAUUACCGUGACUGAUCAAACUCAGGAUCUCGAGCUACAAAAUCAACUUAUCAAUGUAAGCUUUAGUUUGCAAGCGUUUUUGAGCAAGGUGUACACUAAUGUCUCAUCAUUUGAGUUAUUUGGAAUCAAUGAGGAGAGUUUGGCCCAUUUCAAUUCAACUCAAUUGCCGCAAACUUUAUCAGCCAUCAUUAAUGAGUAUUUAAAGCCAGUUUCAUCGGCAUUGACAACAGCAUUUACAAAUGUGGCAUCGAGCGCAACAAACGACAACGAAUUGUCACGAAUUACUUCUUUGGAAUGGUUAAUUUUCAUCUAUGAGCAUAAUCCUAAUGACUUUUUGAAAUUUUUCCAAUCAACGGACAAGUUUGAGUUGACAAAUUUGUUGAAGUAUGACUCCAGCAAUGAAGUGAUUUUGAAAGUUUUGCAAUUAUUGGCCAAAAUCUCCGAACUGAAUCCUGAAUUUUUUAAAGAUUUCAUUAUCAAGUUGUUGAAAUUGAUUCAAUUGGAAGGUUACGAGAAAUCAAUCAAGGUUGAAUUCAUUAUUAGAAAAUUGUGUCUUUGUUUGGAUUCGGAGAUUAUCUUUACUACAUUAUCGGAAGUUUUGCAACAGCAUUAUCAUCAACAGCCAUCAACUAAGCAGCUGGGUCUGCAACACCACCAGUCAUCACUUUACAAUGACAAAGAUGCUAAUGCACAAACCGAGUCCAAUUUUGAAUUUGCCAAUAUGUUGAUUGUUACAUUAAAUAAUAUCCUCCUUACUUCCAGCGAAUUAUCGCCAUUUAGAAAAAAAUUGAAAAACUUGGAUUUGUCAUCCCUGAAGGAUUGGUUAUUGUUUGCCACGUUGUUCAAAAGUUGGUGCUUUAAUGCACCCAGUGCUAUUGCCCUAUGCUUACUAACAUCAAAUUAUGAAUUGUCAUAUUUGUUGAUUAAAAACUUGUCGGAAUUGGAAGUUACAUCACAGCUCUUGACUCAAUUGGAUGUACUUAUUCAACUACUAGAGCUGCCAAUUUUCGUCAAGUUGAGGCUACAAUUGCUUGAGCCCGAAAAUCAUCCAUUUUUAUACAAGACGUUGUAUGGGAUCUUGAUGGUGUUGCCACAAUCGAGUACGUUUAUGACAUUGAGAAAUAGAUUGUCGGUGUGUGGUGUUCAUGGCGUUUCUAGUGGUGGUGCAGGAGUCGGUGGUGUUAGUGUUCCAGAAAUCAAAGGCGAAUUGUCGCUACGAAGAAAGAGGAUUAAUGAAUUGUUGGAAAGGUUUAAAGAGAUCAAUAGGAUUUGA